GGCGGGGGAAGGGGCCGUCGCGCCCGCGGUGGCGUCUGUGGGAGCGCGCGCGGCGGGGCGGUGUGUGGCGGCAGCGGAGCCGUGACGGACGGGGAGGAGUGAGGAGGAAGACUUGCCAGGCAAGAUCCCAAACCAGUCUGACCUUCGUUUUUCCGGUGAGCCGAUUCUGAAACUCCGAGUAGACGACUCCUAACCUGAGCUGCUUGGUGCAAGGUAUGUGACAGCCUUCUGCAGAGCUUGUGGUCUGAAGAUUGGAGCUGAAUAUAAAAACUGCUUGAAUAUCAGGAAGGAGUUUGAGAAUGCAGCAAGCCUGAUAGUGAGGACAGAAGAAUCUCCUUAAAGAAGUCUCACAAUCUGAAAUACUGACCAUGUCUAUUAUGGAUCACAGCCCCACCACGGGAGUGGUGACUGUUAUUGUUAUUUUGAUUGCUAUCGCGGCUCUUGGUGCCUUGAUACUGGGCUGCUGGUGUUACCUGCGUCUGCAGAGGAUCAGCCAGUCUGAAGAUGAGGAAAGCAUCGUGGGCGAAGGAGAAACUAAAGAGCCCUUCCUUCUGGUGCAGUACUCUGCUAAAGGACCCUGUGUAGAAAGGAAAGCUAAGCUAACUCCAAAUGGCACAGAAGUACAUAGCUAACUUGGAGCAACACAUGUAUAUGGACUAUGCUUAUGAGGUGUGUAACCAGCAGAAGAAUCUCUAUACUGUGAAGAACCUGGUCACAUGCACGCUACUCAUCAGAAAACACCCCGAUGAGGAUUGAAUAAGCUUUGUUUGCAACUGCAUGCACUGAGAAGUUGCACUUUGCAUCAACUGUGUAUCCUAAUUCCUCUAUGACAGGAGCUAAGUCACCUGGUGUAAUGUCCAUUGCCGGCAAUGGACACAGGGAUAUAUUGGUGUGAAGAGACUACUAACAUUUUCUGUUACUUGAAUGUCUAGCUGAGCCUAUUUUGAUGGAGCUACUACUGUAAUGUGAACUACUUUACAACUGUGAACUGUAAAUAGGCUGCUAGAAGCUUUUUGCUUUGUGUUCCAUAGCAUAUGGGAAUAAUACGAUGCAAUUGUACAUAACAGACAAGGGGACUCCUGAACCACGACUGUAGAUGGGAUUCCAGACCUUCAAAACCAAAUCUGCGGUUAAAGCUUGCCUCUGCUACUAACUUGAGUGCACAGCCAUAAAGUCAGAACUCCUACUCUCAACAGUUUAUUGGACCGAUGCAGGAUACUUUCUUUGAGAAGAGGGUAUAAGCCUUCAGUAACAUGUUGAGGGAGGAAGCACAGGAGCUAUAAGAAAGGAUUUCCUUUAGUUGCAGCUAUGUAGGUUAAGCUUUUGACUGCUAGAACUGAAUUCUCUAACUAUGUAGCUACUGCAGGGAAACUGCCAUUUUGAUGAGUUCCAACCUGGGAACUAAUGAUGGACACUGAAUCCUCAGGGAUGGUCCAGAAGGUUUCCAGGAGUUUGAAAUGGCAGUAGAGCAGGCUUUUCUCUUCUGUAGGUCUGCAUGCUGAAACUGGAGAAGUGGUUACUUAUUAAAAUUUGCGUAAGUGCAACUAGUAUGAACUUUUCCUAGAACCCUUGUUUGUGUACUUAGCAGUUAGGGUGUAUGUUAACAGCCUGUUGUAAAAAGGCAUUUUUAGUCUACAGACAAAUGGUCAAAUUUAGAAUUCAGUUAAUGCAUCUUGUAGAUAACUCUCUUGAACUGUACUACUACAAGAUUAGUUUCAGUCUUUCCUACAAAAACAAAUGUUGAUAUGGGGAAGGGAGAUUGCUGGUCAGUUUGUAAAAGCUUUUAGCUAGCAAUGGUGAAGUCCUUUUUCAAAUAGGGACAUCCCUUCCAUUUCUUGCGCUCUGCUAUAGUUCAGCUGUAAGAACUGUAAAAAAAUGUAUUAAAGGAAGAGUUCUGGACCUCAAAGGUUUGGGGAGCAGAAGGGGAGGAAAAGGAACAACACUGAGCCACUGAUAGCAGCUUACAUAUUCUAAAACUCUUUAGGUAGGCACACAAGCUCUGAGGCCACUCACCUGUUUUCUAUGACUUCAUACAUAGCUUCCUGUACCUACUGAAAUUUUUAAACACUCAAUUGCCUAGGAGAAAUAAAGCUACUGUAAAACUGUU